AUGCCAGGCACCCAGCCCUUGCACCCACCUUCACAUUCCAUGCCUGCCACCUACCUCCAAGCUCCAUGCGUGCCUCCACACUCUGUGAAUGCCACCAGCAUCCUGAGCCUUCUAUCCACCUACAUGCUUCACCUACCUCUAUGCUCUGCCCACCUCUACACAGUGACUUUAGAUCAAAAACCUAUCAGCCCCUCAGACUUUCGAAGAUGGCUUACCCCCUUGAGUCCAUUUGCAAUUGCUGUGGUCUCGCUUUUCAGUGUCUGUUUCAUCACCAGUUCUCUUGGAGGAACAGAGAAAGAGCUUCGGUUAGCGGAUGGUGAAAACAAAUGUUCUGGGAGAGUGGAAGUGAAAUUCCAGGAGGAAUGGGGAACAGUGUGCAAUAACGGCUGGGACAUAGAUGAUGUCUCUGUGAUCUGUAGACAAUUAGGAUGUCCAGAUGCUAUCAAAGCUGUUGGGUGGACCAAUUCCAGUGCAGGUACAGGACGCAUUUGGAUGGAACAUGUUUCUUGUCGAGGGAAUGAGUCAGCCCUCUGGGACUGCAAACAUGAUGGAUGGGGAAAACAUAACUGUACUCACCAAGAGGACGCUGGAGUUACUUGUUCAGAUGGAUCCAACUUGCAAAUGAGGCUGAUGAAUACACAAAACCGGUGUUCAGGAAGAGUAGAGGUUAAAUUCCAAGGACAGUGGGGAACUGUUUGUGAUGAUGGCUUCAACAUUGAGCAUGCUUCUGUGGUUUGUAAACAACUUGACUGUGGAAGUGCCGUCAGUGUCUUUAGUUCAGCUACUUUUGGAGAAGGCUCUGGACCGAUCUGGUUUGAUGAUCUUGUGUGCCAUGGAAAUGAGUCAGCUCUUUGGAACUGCAGACACCAAGGAUGGGGCAAGCAUAACUGUGAUCACGCUGAGGAUGUUGGUGUGGUUUGCUUAGAGGGAGCAGAUCUGAAUUUGACACUGGCAGAUGGACCCAAUAAAUGUUCAGGAAGAUUGGAAGUGAAAUUUCAAGGAGAAUGGGGCACGGUGUGUGAUGAUGGCUGGGAUAGUAGUGAUGCUGCUGUGGUAUGUAGACAACUGGGAUGCCCAAGUGUCUUCACAGGGACUGGCCGCGUUAAUGCCAGUGAAGGAGUUGGACCCAUAUGGCUUGAUAAUGUCUCCUGCCAAGGACAUGAAACUGCUGUCUGGAACUGUAGACAUCGAGAUUGGGGAAAGCAUUAUUGUCAUCACAAUGAAGAUGCUGGUGUGACAUGUUCAGGUAAAUUCGCUAAAAGAGACAUUCCCUGCUCUGGUCGUGUUGAAGUGAAACAUGGAGACUUAUGGGGCUCAGUCUGUGAUUCUGACUUCUCUCUUGAAGCUGCCAAUGUGCUGUGCAGGGAGUUACAAUGUGGCACAGCCGUCUCAAUCUUGGGGGGAGCUCAUUUUGGAGAAGGAAAAGGACAGAUCUGGCCUGAAGAAUUCCAGUGCACGGGUGAUGAGUCCCAUCUCUCCCUCUGUCCAGUAGCACCUCGCCUAGAUGGCACUUGUAGCCACAGCAGGGAUGUUGGCGUCAUCUGUUCAAGAUACACAGAAAUCCGCUUGGCGGAUGGCAAGACCCGUUGUGAGGGAAGAGUAGAGAUGAAGAUGCUUGGGGCCUGGGGGCCUCUCUGUAAUUCUCAUUGGGACAUGGAAGAUGCUCACGUCAUUUGCCAGCAGCUUAAAUGUGGAGUUGCUCUUUCCACUCCAGGAGGAGCACAUUUUGGGAAAGGAAGUGGUCAGGUCUGGAGGCACAGGUUUCACUGCACUGGCACUGAACAGCACGUGGGAGAUUGUCCAGUAACUGCUCUGGGGGCAUCAUUGUGUCCUGAAGGACAAGUGGCCUCUGUAAUAUGCUCAGGAAAUGAGACUCAAAUAUUACCUGUGUGCAAUUCCUCUUCCUUGGAUCCAACAAGCUCUCCUGUUUCAGAAGGAAGUGCUCCUGUCUGCAUAGAAGGUGAUCAUCUUCGCCUGGUGAAUGGAGGAGGUCGCUGUGCUGGAAGAGUGGAAGUCUAUCAUGAGGGCUCCUGGGGCACUGUUUGUGAUGACAGCUGGGACCUAAGUGAUGCUAAUAUAGUAUGCAAACAGCUAGGCUGUGGAGAGGCUGUUAAUGCUACUAGUUCUGCUCAUUUUGGGGAAGGAACAGGGCCCAUAUGGCUGGAUGAGCUGAGCUGCUCUGGAAAAGAAUCUCAUAUUUGGCAGUGUCAUUCACAUGGCUGGGGGCAGCACAAUUGUAGACACAAGGAAGAUGCAGGAGUUAUUUGUUCAGAGUUCAUGUCUCUGAGGCUGAAUGAAGAGCCCAGAAGAGAGAGCUGUUCAGGACGUCUGGAAGUUUUCUACAAUGGAUCCUGGGGCACCAUUGGCAGGAGUGGCAUGUCUUCAACCACAGUGGCAGUGGUAUGCAGGCAACUGGGUUGUGCAGACAAAGGGAGCAUCAUCAGUCCUGCAUCUUCUGACAAGCAAUUAGCCCUACCCAUGUGGGUAGACCAAGUUCAAUGUCCAGAAGGACCUGACAAAUUAUGGCAAUGCUUAUCAUCUCCUUGGAAGCAAAGAUUAGCCAGCCCUUCAGAGGAAACCUGGAUCACAUGUGCUAAGGACAUACAGCUUCGCCUGGUGAAUGGAGGUAGUCGCUGUGCUGGAAGAGUGGAGAUCCUUUACCAGGGUUCCUGGGGUACUGUCUGUGAUUAUAAUUGGGAUAUAAAUGAAGGCCAUGUGGUGUGCAAACAGCUGAACUGUGGACACGCCCUCGAUGUUACGCAUAAUGCUUUCUUUGGUAAAGGAUCAGGGCCUAUCCGGCUGUUCAACCUGGAAUGCACAGGAAAGGAGUCCCAUCUGUGGAAAUGCUCAUCCUGGGGUUGGCAAGACCGAGGCUACUGCAGUCAUCUUUCAGAUGCAGGCGUCAAAUGCUCAGGAUCUGUCCGUCUAUUUGGAGGAACAGGGCUCUGCUCAGGGAAAGUAGAAGUGAAUUCAGGAGAAGUCUGGAAUCCAGUGUCUUAUGUAAAUUUCACUUACACUACCGCUCAGGUCAUCUGUGCAGAGCUUGGAUGUGGAAAAGUUGCAUCUAUCCUGGAGGACAUGCCUUUCAGAAAAGUUAAAGAGCAGGUCCUGACUGAACACUUCCAGUGGGAGGGGCACGAGAUCUGGUUUUUUCCCAGAGUGCACUGUCCUGGAGGCACUUGUCCCCAUGGUGGGGCUGUCCACCUUCUUUGUUCAGACUACACGGAAGUCAGACUCAAGAACAAUGGCAGCUCUCCAUGUGAGGGACAAGUGCAGAUGAGGAUUUCUGGAAUCUGGAAGCCACUCUGUGCCUCUUACUGGAGCACGGCCAAUGCCAAUGUAGUCUGUCGUCAGUUCAACUGUGGGAUGGCCCUCUCUACACAUUCUGUGAAAAGAAGUGAUCAAAUCUGGAAACACCAGUUUCACUGCUCAGGGGAUGAGUCCUUUUUGUGGGAUUGCCCCAUGACUGCCCUGGGGCUUCCUGAAUGUCUCAAUGGAAACACAGCCUCUGUGAUCUGCACAGGAAACCAGACCCAGGUGCUGCCCCCAUGCAACGGCUCAAUGUCUGACCCACCAGGCUCUUCAGUCUCAGAGCACAGUGCUGCCAACUGCUCAGACAGGAGGUGGCUCCGCCUGGUGAAUGGGAGCAGUAGUUGUGAUGGGAGAGUGGAGGUCUACCAUGAGGACUCCUGGGGCACCAUCUGUGACGACAGCUGGGACAUGAACGACGCACAAGUGGUGUGCAGACAGCUGGCCUGUGGAGUGGCCAUUGAUGCCACCAGUUCUGCUCAUUUUGGAAAAGGAACAGGGCCCAUCUGGAUUGAUGAGUUGAACUGCACAGGACAGGAGUCUCACCUGUGGAAAUGCCCUUCCCAGAGCUGGGGAAAGCAUGAUUGCACACACAAGGAGGACGCAGGGGUCAUCUGCUCAGAAUCCCUGGCCCUCAGGCUGGUGAGUGAGGACCAUGACUGUGCUGGGAGGCUGGAGAUCUUCUACAAUGGGAUGUGGGGCAGUGUCUGCAGAAGCCCAAUGGAGCCGACCACCCUGUCUGUCAUCUGCGGACAGUUGGGCUGUGGACACACUGGGGAUCUCAACUAUUCUGCUGCCACCAGGACAGUCUCUCAGCCUCUGUGGGUGGAUGGAAUCCAGUGUCGAAAAAGUGAUACCACCCUGUGGCAGUGUAUUUCUGAUCCUUGGAACAGCAGAUCGUGUUCUUCAAAAGAUGAAGCUCACAUCAUUUGUGAAGGGAAGAAACCCAAGAGUUGUCCCACUGCUGCCCCCUGCACAGAUAAAGAAAAACUCAGACUGGUGGAAGGAGACAGCCUGUGUUCAGGGCGAGUGGAGAUUUGGCACAACGGUUCCUGGGGCACAGUGUGUGAUGACUCCUGGAGCCUGGCAGAGGCUGAGGUGGUUUGUCAGCAGCUGGGCUGUGGCUUUGCCCUGGAGGCUCUACAGGAGGCUGCAUUUGGCCCAGGAAAGGGGAGGAUCUGGCUGGAUGAAGUGCAGUGCAGAGGCAGAGAGUCCACCCUGUGGGACUGUGCUGCACAGCCCUGGGGCCAGAGCGACUGCAAGCACGAUGAGGACGCUGCAGUGAGGUGCUCUGGUGAGUGGAGGACUUUCUGUUUGUUUGUUUUCUCAGGUGCCAGGUCACUCUCAGCCCCUGCCUCUGACACUUUCUCUUUGCCUGAGAUCCUGUGUGUUGCCCUAGGAGCCAUCCUCUUCCUGGUCCUUAUCAUCUUGGGAACUCAACUGUACAAAUGGCGAUCAGAGGGUCAAGUUCUAUCUGGUUUUGAAGAUGUUCUCGAUGAGGCUUUGUAUGAAGAUAUUGAUUACCUUGUAAAACCUAAGAAAGAAGACUUUUUGGAGCACUCAGAAAACCUGUCAGUGACUAAGCUGCCUUAUUAUUACACAGAGGACAAGGAAGAAGAUGGAGAUCCUGAAUUUCCUCCAGAAUAUCUAGAAAAGCAAGUUAAUCCCAAUAGAAAUGGUUAUGAUGAUGUUGAAGAGUUUUCACUUCCUGAUAUUCCCCCUAAUCUGAGGAUGAGUGGGCCAGAGGAUAAAUAUGAUAUCAUGUAUUCCCACACAGAGAACAUCCAACUCCGCCUGGUGGGUGGAAAUAGUCACUGUGCUGGGAAAGUGGAGAUCUUUUACCAAGGAUCCUGGGGCACCAUCUGUGAUGACAACUGGGAUAUGACAGGUGGCCACGUGGUCUGCAAACAGCUGGACUGUGGACAGGCACUUGAUAUUAAAUUCAGUGAUACUUUUGGUGUGGGAUCAGGACCUAUCUGGCUUGACGAAGUGCAGUGCACAGGAACAGAGACCCACGUGUGGGAGUGCCCAUCUCAGGGUUGGGGAGAGCAUAACUGUGUGCACAUUGAGGAUGCAGGCGUCAUCUGCUCAAGGAGGAUGGAAAACCUCAGAGGAGCUGUCAUCUGUACAGAGCUGGGAUGUGGAAAAGCUGCAUCUGUCCUGGGGGACAUGCCUUUCAGAAAAGCUAAUGACCAGGUCCUGACUGAACAGUUCCAGUGUGAGGGGCAUGAACUUGAGCUCUGGCUUUGUCCCAGAGUGCACUGUCCUGGUGGCACUUGUCUCCACAGUAGGGCUGUCCACAUUGUCUGUUCAGACUACACAGAAGUCAGGCUCAUGAACAACCACAGCUCUCCAUGUGAGGGACAAGUGCAGAUGAAGAUUUCUGGAGUCUGGACGCCACUCUGUGCCUCUCACUGGAGCAUGGCCAAUACCAACGUAGUGUGUCGUCAGUUCAACUGUGGAGAUGCCCUCUCCAUCACAACAGGAGCAUAUUUUGAGGGAAGAAGAGAUCAGAUCUGGAAAUACCGAUUUCACUGCUCAGGGGAUGAGUCCUUUUUGUGGAAUUGCCCCAUGACUGCCCUGGGGCUUCCUGAAUGUUCCUAUGGAAACACAGCCUCUGUGAUCUGUGCAGAAUCCCUGGCCCUCAGGCUCGUGAGUGAGGACUAUGACUGUGCUGGGAGGCUGGAGAUCUUCUACAAUGGGACGUGGGGCAGUGUCUGCAGAAACUCAAUGGAAUCCACUACGCUGUCUGUCAUCUGCAGACAGUUGGGCUGUGGGGACACUGGGGAGCUCAACUAUUCUGCCGGCAUCAUGACAGUCUCUCAGCCCUUGUGGGUGGAUAGAAUCCAGUGUCGAAAAAAAUUUAGAUUACGCCCAACUCCUCUCUCCCUGACUGAGAUCCUGUUUAUCAUCUUGGGGACUAUCCUUUUUCUUGCCGUUAUCAUCCUGGGAACUAAGAUUCAUAAAUGGAGAAUGGAGAGAAAAGCCUUAUCCAGUUAUAAAGAUGCUCUCGAUAAGACAAUAUAUGAAGAUAUUGAUUACAAUGCAUAUGAAGAUAUUGAUUACAUUGUAAAGCCAGAGAAGGAGGAUCUUUUGGACAGCUCAGCUUUCCUCAUCUGCUUAGAGGCAUGUCACCCACCUGCCACUGCCAAGGGCUGGAAUGGCAGUGGGCAGUGCUGGGCCUGUGAGAAGGAACCUACGUGUUUCUGCCGCACCGAAGCAGCCCGCUUAGCUGCCAGGAGUCUCUUGCGGGCCUCCUGGCUCUGUUUGUCCCCGGAGUCUGAGGCCUUGUCUCGGUUCACGGCUGGCUUGGAUUUGGCUGGCUUCUUUGGGACCGGAGGGGGUGGUUUCUUCUCUUCCUUCCUCUUCUCGGGGGUCUCCACCAGCUGCCAGCUGUUGGCCUUGAGAUUAUUUCAGUUCCAUUUUAUUUCUGUUUCUCCAACACUGCUGACUUCUGAUCAUGCUGUUUCUAUAGGAAACCAGACUCAGCUACUGCCCAGGUACAGCUUCCUGUCUGAUGCAGCAAACUCUUCAAUUUCAGAGAGUAGUGCUACCAACAGCUCAGAGAAGAUACAGCUUCGCCUGGUGGAUGGGAACAGUCGCUGUGCUGGGAGAGUGGAGAUCUUUUACCAGGGUUCCUGGGGCACUGUCUGUGGCAGUGAGUGGGACAUGCAGGAUGCCCAUGUGGUGUGCAAACAGACAGACUGUGGAUGGGCCCUCAAUGCCAUACCCUGGCCUAUCUUUGGAAAGGGCUCAGGACCUAUCUUGCUGGAAAACCUGGAAUGCACAGGAAAAGAGUCCCACGUGUGGAUGUGCCCAUCCAAUGGCUGGGGGAAUCACAGCUGCUUACAUCAUCAGGAUGCAAGUGUCAUCUGCUCAGACUCAACAAAAAAGCUAUUAGAAUUAAUAGGCCAAUUUAGUAGAGUGGCAGGAUAUAAGAUCAAUAUCCAAAAAUCAGAUCAUAAAUAUUCACUGGAUUUUGGUUUUCCCUUAGGAUUUGUGCGUCUGUCUGGAGGAGUUGGACCCUGCUCAGGGCAAGUGGAAGUGAAUUCAGGAGGAGACUGGACUCCAGUGUCUGAUGUGAACUUCACUUUCCCUACUGCCCAUGUCAUCUGUGCAGAGCUGGGAUGUGGAAAAGCUGCAUCUAUCCUGGGGAACAUGUCUUUCAGAAAAGCUAAUGAAAAGGUCUGGACUGAACACUUCCAGUGUGAGGGACAAGAAUCUUAUCUCUACUUUUGCCCCAAAGUGGCCUAUCCUGAAGGUUCUUUAUCCCAUGGUGGGGCUGUCCACAUUGUCUGUUUAGAAUUCACAGAAGUUCGGCUCAUGAACAACGACAGCUCUCAAUGUGAGGGACAAGUGGAGAUGAGGAUUUCUGGAGUAUGGAAACCACUCUGUGCCUCUCACUGGAGCAUGGCUAAUGCCAAUGUAGUCUGUCGUCAGCUCAACUGUGGAGUUGCCCUCUCUAUCACAACAGGAGCAUAUUUUGAGGGAAGAAGAGAUCAGGUCUGGAAAUACCGAUUUCACUGCUCAGGAGUUGAGUCCUUUGUAUGGAAUUGUCCUGUGACUCUCCUGGGUGCUUCUGCAUGUACCCCUGGAAACACAGCCUCUGUAGUCUGUUCAGACAGCAGAAAACUUCGCCUGGUUAAUGGACACAGCCGCUGUGUUGGGAGAGUGGAGAUCCUUUACCAGGGUUACUGGGGCACCAUCUGUGAUUACAAAUGGGAUUUGAAGGAUGCCGACGUGGUGUGCAGACAGCUAGGCUGUGGAAGAGCCCUUAUUGCCAAGACCUCAGCUCAUACUGAUUCAGGAUCAGGACCCAUCUGGCUAGACUUCCUAGAAUGCACUGGACAGGAGUCCUAUGUGUGGUCAUGCCCUUCCCUGGGCUGGGGGAAUCAUUAUUGUAAUCACAACCAAAAUGCAGAGGUCGACUGCUCAGGAAACCAGACCCAGUUGCUACCCCUAUGUAACCACUCCACUGCCUCAGAAAACAGAGCUUCCAAUUGCUCAGAGAACAAUUGGAUCCGCCUAGUGAAUGGGAGCAGCAGUUGUGAUGGGAGAGUGGAGGUCUACCAUGAAGGUUCCUGGGGGACCAUCUGUGAUGACAGAUGGGAUGUGAAUGACGCACAAGUGGUGUGCAGACAGCUGGGCUGCGGAGUGGUCAUUAAUGCAACUGGAUAUGCUCAUUUUGGACAAGGAACAGGACCCAUCUGGCUUGAUGAAUUGAACUGCACAGGACAAGAAUCCCACAUAUGGAAAUGUCCUUCCCCGGGAUGGGAAAAGCACAACUGCAGACACAAGGAAGAUGCAGGAGUCAUCUGCUCAGAAUCCCUGGCCCUCAGGCUGGUGAGUGAGGACCAUGACUGUGCUGGGAGGCUGGAGAUCUUCUACAAUGGGACGUGGGGUGGCAUUUGCAGAAGCCCAAUGGAGCCCACUACCCUGUCUGUGAUCUGCAAACAGUUAGGCUGUGGGGACACUGGGGAGCUCAACUCUGCUGCCAAUGGAAAAGUCUCUCAAUCUGUGUGGGUAGAUGGAAUCCAAUGUAAAAAAAGUGACAUCAUCUUGUGGCAGUGUCCUUCUAAUCCCUGGAACAACAGAUCGUGCCCUCCAAAACAUGUAGCUCACAUCAAUUGUGAAGAUAAGCUCCGACUCCAGGGAGGAGACACCAUGUGCUCAGGACGAGUGGAGGUUUGGCACGAUGGUUCCUGGGGUACAGUGUGUGGUGACUCCUGGAGCCUGGCAGAGGCUGAGGUGGUGUGCCGACAACUAGGCUGUGGUUCUGCCCUGGAAGCCCUGCCAGAGGCUGUGUUUGGCCCAGGAAAUGGGACCAUCUGGCUGGAUGAAGUGCAGUGCAGGGGUGGAGAGUCCUCUUUAUGGGCCUGUGCUGCACAGCCCUGGGGACAAAGCAACUGCAAGCACAAAGAAGAUGCUGGAGUGAGGUGUUCUGGUGAGUACAGGAAUGGGAAUAUGGUAUCAUGCUGA